UGCUGCUGGACUUUGGCGUGGACUCAUCUGGCACAUGGACGAGAUGUUUCCUUUUGUUCUUUUAAAUGUCAUUACAGAUUUGGAGUUUGGGAUUUUUAUGUUGUUUUUCUGCAGUUGAUUUGUUAAAUCCCGGAAACGGACAGCAUCACUUUUUUUCUGUCUUACAGACACUCUGCCUUGUAGUUCACACACUGUUCUCUGGUCAUCUAUAGAACCGGGAAAAGGACCGGAGACAAAAUAUAAACAGAUUUAUUCAAAAAAAAAAAAAAGGAAAGAAAAAGAAAAGAAAUAAAGAAAAUAAGCAGAAGCUUGUUUUAGAGCUUCCGGAUCGGGAUCUUGGAGCAUCGUUUGACGUGAAAUCUUUUGAAAAUCCUUAGCUGCGUGUGUACGUGUGUGUGAGUCCGAAAGUGUGUAUGCGCGCGCAAAGCGUUGCUAUUUAACACACACACACAUAUACACACACAUAUACAUACACAAUCGACCGCGAGAGAGCGAGAAACACACACACACGCGCGCGCGCACCAGCGCGGAGUUUCACGGAGUACCCGCGUGCAGCGCGCACGUCCCCGGAUUGUCGUUCUCCGUGCCCGGAAAAGGCAGUAUGAGCGCGGUGCAUGCGUGUCCGUCACCACCGGCUCUCCUGAGUCCAUAAGCGAAGGACAGAAAGUGUGUUGUGGACCCAGAGACACACACAUACAUACACACACACACACACACACACACAGAGACAGAAAGAGCGAGAGAAUUAAAGUCCUGCUUGGAUGUGUACUAUGCCAGAAUGGGUCCGCUAGCGUGGCUCAUCCUCUGCGGAUUAUUGCACUCUCAGGCUGGGGGAUCUCGUCUGCGGCAGGAGGACUACCCGCCCCGCAUCGUAGAGCAUCCCUCUGACCUGAUCGUGUCCAAGGGCGAACCCGCCACCCUCAACUGCAAGGCCGAGGGGCGACCCAUUCCCACCGUGGAGUGGUACAAGGACGGCGAGAGGGUCGAGACAGACAAAGACGACUCUCGUUCGCACCGCAUGCUGCUGCCCACCGGCUCCCUCUUCUUCCUGAAAAUAGUCCACGGACGCCGGAGCAAACCGGACGAAGGCGCCUACGUCUGCGUGGCUCGCAACUACCUCGGAGAAGCCGUGAGUCGUAAUGCCUCCCUGGAAGUAGCAUUGCUGAGGGAUGACUUCAGACAGAACCCCACAGACGUGGUGGUGGCGGCAGGAGAACCGGCCAUCUUGGAGUGUGUUCCACCUCGAGGUCACCCCGAGCCCACUACUUACUGGAAGAAGGACAAAGUUCGGAUCGAUGACAGAGAUGACAGGAUUAAGAUUCGAGGAGGCAAGCUGAUGAUCACAAACACUCGGAAGAGUGAUGCAGGCAUGUACGUGUGUGUGGGAACCAACAUGGUGGGAGAACGAGACAGUGAGACUGCUCAGGUCACGGUGUUCGAACGGCCCACGUUCCAGCGCAGGCCGAUAAACCAGGUGAUCCUGGAGGAGGAAGCAGUGGAGUUUCGUUGUCAGGUGCAUGGAGAUCCUCAACCCUCCGUCCGCUGGAGGAAAGACGACGUGGACGUACAGCGUGGAAGGUACGAUAUCAGGUUUGAUAAGGAGGAGCAUGUGUUGAGGAUAAAGAAGGCGUCAACGGCCGACGAAGGAACCUUCACCUGCGUAGCGGAGAACCGUGUGGGUAAAAUGGAGGCCUCUGGGACUCUCACAGUGAGAGCUCGCCCUGUGGCGCCACCGCAGUUCGUGAUCCGACCACGGGACCAGAUCGUGGCUCAGGGUCGUACGGCGACGUUUCCAUGUGAGACCAAGGGGAAUCCUCAGCCUGCUGUGUUCUGGCAGAAGGAAGGCAGCCAGAACCUGCUGUUUCCCAACCAGCCGCAACAACCCAACAGUCGCUUCUCUGUCUCGCCCAGCGGAGAUCUGACCAUCACGGGCGUGCAGCGAGCAGACGGAGGCUACUACAUCUGCCAGGCGCUGACGGUCGCUGGCAGCAUCCUCGCCAAAGCUCAACUGGAAGUAACAGAUGUGCUGACAGACAGGCCACCGCCAAUCAUCCGCCAAGGCCCAGCCAAUCAGUCCCUGGGUGUGGACAGUGUAGCUCUGUUAAAGUGCCAAGCAUCUGGAGAACCUGUUCCCACCAUCAGCUGGCUGAAGGAUGGUGUGAGUCUGCUGGGUAAAGAUCCUCGCAUGUCCUUGCAGGAGCUUGGCAGCCUUCAGAUCAAGAACAUAAGGCUUUCCGAUUCUGGGAUCUACACCUGUGUGGCCGCUAGCUCGAGUGGCGAAACGUCAUGGAGCGCCUUCCUGGAAGUGAAAGAAUCUGGUGGUAUGGUGUUGAUCAAGAACAGAGAAAAUGUAGAACUUCCUGGUCCACCCUCCAAACCUCAGGUCACUGACGUCACCAAGAACAGCGUGUCUCUGUCCUGGCAGCCGGGCCUGGCUGGAGGCUCGCCCAUCACUUCAUAUGUGAUCGAAGCAUUCAGCCAAUCUGUGAGUAACAGCUGGCAGACGGUAGCUGAUCACGUUAAAACCACCCAGUUCACUGUUAAAAGCCUUCGACCCAACACCAUCUACCUGUUCAUGGUGCGUGCUGUCAACACACAGGGCCUAAGUGACCCCAGCCCCAUGUCUGAACCAGUACGAACCCAAGACAUCAGUCCUCCAGCAAAGGGUAUAGAUCACAGGCAUGUACAGAAAGAGCUGGGUGAGGUCAUCAUCCGACUACACAACCCCGUGGUCCUCAGCCCCACCACCAUUCAGGUCACCUGGACCGUGGACCGCCAGUCUCAGUUCAUCCAGGGAUACAGAGUUUUGUACAGGCAGGUGUCGGGGCUGUCAUCGCCGGGGCCUUGGCUGACCCAGGACGUGAAGGUUUCUUCUGAGAGGACCAUCAUGCUCUCCUCGCUGAAAAAAGGCAUCGUGUACGAGGUCAAAGUCCGACCGUACUUCAACGAGUUCCAGGGAAUGGACAGUGAAUCGAAGACGGCGAGGACGAGCGAAGAACCUCCCAGCGCUCCCCCGCAGCAGGUGACGGUCCUCACAGUGGGAAAUCAGAACAGCACCUCCAUCAGCAUCUCCUGGGACCCGCCUCCUUCUGAACAUCAGAACGGCAUCAUACAGGAGUACAGGAUCUGGUGUUUGGCAAACGAGACACGUUUCCAUGUCAAUAAAACGGUGGAUGCGGCGAUUCGCUCGGUGGUGGUGGGCGGGCUGCAGGCGGGGCUGCUGUACCGGGUGGAGGUGGCGGCCAGCACCAGCGCAGGAGUGGGAGUGAAGAGCGAACCUCAUCCCAUCAUCAUCGGUAAAGACUUCCGAGAUGUGAUUGUGAGUGGAGACAAGAAUAACAGCAUUACAGAGCAGAUCACGGACGUGGUGAAGCAGCCGGCGUUCAUCGCGGGGAUCGGAGGAGCGUGCUGGGUCAUCCUCAUGGGCUUCAGCAUCUGGCUCUACUGGAGGAGGAAGAAGAGGAAAGGACUCAGUAACUACGCCGUUCAGUCGUUCACCUUCACCCCGGCAGUGACGUUCCAGCGAGUUGACGGAGGCUUGAUGAGCAACGGAAGUCGUCCUGGUAUCCUAAAUGCCGGAGAGGCGAGCUAUCCUUGGCUAGCAGACUCCUGGCCGGCCACCAGCAUGCCUGUUAACAGCAGCUCUGGAGGACCCAGCGACCUCGGGAACUUCGGACGUGGAGAUGUCAUGCCUGCAGGCCAGACAGAUAAAACCAGUACCAUGAUGUCUGACGGCGCCAUCUACAGCAGCAUUGACUUUAGCACUAAGACAGGAUUUGGCAGCGCCAGCCCGGCAUUACAGGCCACUCCGUACGCCACCACACAGAUCCUCCACUCCAACAGCAUCCAUGAGCUGGCGGUGGAUCUGCCCGAGGCUCAGUGGAAGAGCUCGCUGCAGGCCAAACAGGAAAUGACCAACCUGGGCUACUCAUUACCCGAUAAGAACUCCUGCAACAACACACUCCUUUUCAUUCCUGACUACCGAUUGGCUGACGGGUUGUGUAAUAGAAUGCCGCACAACCAAUCACAGGAUUUCAGCACCACCAGCUCCCACAAUAGCUCAGAGCGGAGCGGCAGUCUGUCAGGUGGAAAAGGAGGGAAGAAGAAAAAGACCAAAGUAGGAGCCAAACCCACGAAGACCAAUGGCUCCAGCUGGGCAAACGUCCCGUUACCUCCUCCUCCUGUCCAUCCGCUACCGGGCACCGAGCUGGAGCACUACAGCACCGAGCACCAUGAAGGAGGAGGCUAUGACAGUGAUGGGUGGGGUCACCCUCUGCCCGUGCAGACGUACCUGCACCAGGGAGUGGAGGAUGAGCUGGAGGAGGAAGAGGAGCGUGUCCCGACCCCGCCCGUCCGUGGCGUGGCAUCAUCUCCCGCAGCCAUGUCCUUCGGGAAGCAGUCCACGGCCACGCUGACUCCAUCCCCUCGAGACGAGGCACAGCCCAUGCUGCAUGCACAUCUGGAUGAGCUGGCGAGGCAGUACCAGCUGGACAUGGCCAAGCAGACAUGGCACAUGCAGGGAGGCCCAUAUCCUCCUCAAGCCCCUGCUCCUCCCAUAGGCUACAUGUCCAGUACCCUCAUGUCCGACAUCGAGACGGAUCUCCCUGACGACGACGAGGACGACGAUGAGGAGGAGGAAGAGGAAGAUGAAGGUUAUGAGAUGUCUCCACCACCGCUCCGGGGCAUGGAACACACACCUGGAUCCAGCAUGGACAACUUAGACAGCUCGGUAACAGGCUCCAUGGUGAACGGGUGGGGCUCUGCAUCGGAGGAGGAUGAACGUCCCUUUUCCAGCCACAGGUCCAGUGCAGGGAGCUCCUCCGACGGCUCCCUGUUCACCCACUGCAGCUUUGCUCGUGCGCUGGCAGCGGCCGCUGAUAAAGCAGGCUACCGCCUGGAUGGCACCAGCCUCACCAAGAGAGAUCAAUGCCUGGCACUGAGACCUCGUCCCGCCAGUCCGUUCUCUACAGAUGGCAGCACUAUGGGAACGCACAGCCUCGGCCACGUACGGGCGGCGCGGCCCGCUCGCAAAAACAGAGGACCGGGUACGGCUGUGCACCGCAGGGAUACUAGUGCUGAUGACCUACCUCCACCUCCAGAACCACCUCCUUGUCAGGGCCUGCGUGUCCAGGGCCCGAGGAGCGUAGGUAAUGUCGGCAGCCCUGGUGAGCGGAAGGCUUCUUCUCUGGAGAGGCACCAUAUGGGAGGCCGUGACGAGGUGAAGAGCUCUCUGGAAAGACAGACUCGUACAUCUCUGGAGCGCCACAGACACGGCCAAGAAAGACUUGGUUCUAUGGAGAGAGCAGAAGAGGCCAGGAGAGCACAGAAGAAUGGCACUGCUUCAGACGAAGCCAUGCCACCCUAUAGCAAACCAUCAUUCCCAUCUCCUGGGGGUCACAGUUCAUCUGGAACCACAUCCUCCAAAGGAUCGACGGGUCCUCGUAAAGGAGAGGGGUCACGAGGUCAGCACCAGCGCUCCAACACCGAGCAAGGUGACUCCGGAUAUGCCGGGACUAACGGCCAGGGACAGUUCUCCGGAGAGUUAUAGUGCGAAGCCGUGGAUUAAAGCUGGAAUUAAAAAAAAGAAAUAAAAACGCUUUUUCCUGCCCCGGAGUCGACUCGGAGAUCCGCUCGGUGCGACAGACUCGUACAGCGCAUCAGAAGGAGGAACCGACCGCCAAGACGGUUGAAGACAGAAACAGCGUGAUGUAAAUGUGAUGUAAAGACGGACAGUCCCGCGAUGUUGAUUUGAUGUUUUCUGUCCUUUUUUCAAGAACAAAUGAAAUAAUUUUAAACACUUCAAUACUGACAGCCAUUCAUCCAGAAAAGAAGAAGAAAAAAUGUUUAAAAAAAAAAAAAACACAAAGAAGAAUCUGAUUUUGAGUCCUUCAGUGAAAUGGGGGGGGGGGGGGAGAAAUCCUGUAAAUAUGACAUUUCUCAUCGAAAAUCGUUAUUGCAUCGCUAUGCAAGCAGGAUUCCGUUUGCUCACUUUCUCACUGUUUUUUAUUUGUAAUAUAUGUGAAUUGGAAUUUGACAUUUUGGAAGGCUGUGGUGCCAUAAAGAGUUCAUGGAUUUCUCUGUCCAUCCAUCUAACUAUCCAUCCGUCUGUCCGUCCAUCCGUCCGUUGUUUUUCCUUUAUUGUUGUUGUUGUUAGUAGAAUGAUUUUCUUUUGCACUGCAAUUUUUGGUGAAAAGCACAAAAAAAAAUUCAUGGACAUGAAGCACUGGGGAGAGGAGAUUCUAUGACUAGGAGGAGUUGGAGAAGUUGUCGUACUGUAACUAGAGAAAAAGAAAAAAACUCGCAUAUAGCCAUGUACAGAGAUAUAAUAAAGUAUGCUUGUGUGUUCGGUGCAGGAGAUAAGAGGCAGGGUUGCACGCUGUGGGGUUCGGUUCUCCUGAGACGACGACGAAGGGACGGGAAAUAUGUUUGAAAAAUAAUAAAAAAAAGAGUACAAAAAAGCUUUCCAAAAAGUGCACCAAUAUACAGCUAAAACAUUAUGAACACCUGCCUAAUACACGUGACCUUAAGACGCCGAGGCAUGAACCGUGCAAGACGUCUGAAGGUGUGCUGUGGGUUCUGGCACCGAGACGUCUUGUUAGUCAUGAGGUGGAGCCUCCAUGGAUCAGAUACUUUUCCCACAGACCAUUGAUCAGAUUGAGAGAUGAAGCAUUUGGUCCUCAAAACAUUCCUGAACAUUGUAGCAUGGAGUUAUUUCCUUCUGAAAGACACCUCUGCUGUUAGGGAAUAAUGCUGCCAUGAUGCCUGGUCCUCAUUUACAGUAUAAGGAGGUUGCAGUUUAGUUGAUUUACUAAUCAGAAGGUUGUAAGUUCAAACCCCAGGACCGCCAAUCUGCCACGGCUGGGCCCCUGAGCAAGGCCCUUAAACCUCAUGUGUAAUAGUAAUCAGUGUGCAGGUAGUUAGCAUGUGUACUACUGACAUCCAUCUGAAAGCCCAGAGCAGUAUGGACUUCUCUGACUCAUCUGACCAGGUGAACAUCUAACCCUUGUUCCAGGGUCUGAUUCUGAAUCUCUUGUGCACCUUUUAGGUGCUUGUGAUCAUAGACAGGUUCAUCAUGGACACUCUGGUGCACCUGAUCUGCAGCUUCACACCUCUGUACUCUGUGCACUGUAUAGUGGGACACUUUCUUGUGAACAUUCAGAUCAGAUGAGAGAGAACUUGCAUCUAUGAGCCUUUCUCCAGUCAGUGGUUUGACCAGGAGCAGCCGCUAGCCUCGCUGUUUCAGAGCUAGUCCGAGCCCCAGACGCUCAGGUCUUUACACCUGGAUCCGAACAUCCACUGUUCAUUUACUGUUCAGUUAUAAUGUCCCUGAAUUACAUUCAUCAACAGUAUUAACUUUGGCAGUGAAGCUGCUCAUAGUGUUUUAGCUCAUUGGUGUUUUAUAACAGAAUGAAUGGCUUUGCGUCACGUAACACUCGUCCUUCACUCUUUUCUUGUGUAUGACACGUUAUUUAUUCUCUCUCUCUCUCUCUCUCUCUCUCUCUCUCUCUCUCUCUCUCUCUCUCUCUCUCUCUCUCCCUCUCUCUCUCUCUUCAGUUUUCAUGCUAAUUACGAUCACGACAUUUUUUCGUCCUGUUUAUUUUGUCUCCUCGCCUGAAAGAUGGAUCACCGAGCACUUAAAACACGAGCGAUUUUAAGCCAUAUGAACAAGAAUAACGUGGGUUUCUUCUCUGAAAUCAUACACAUCUCCUGUUUUAGUGCUUUUUCUAAACAAACCGCCGGCGUUGUAGAACACACGAACUCAUGAAGAACGCGUCUCUUCGCAGCCGGAGAGCCAAUUAGAACGGCUUUUUUGUGAAUAUUUUUAUUUGUAUUUUUAUUUCGGUGUACGUGUUAAAACACUAAAUUAUUACACGUUAGUCUUACAAAUAAAUUGCGAGUUUAAAAAAAAAAUCCAUUAGAGAUGACGAAAGACUAACGCUGAUGAAUUGUUUUAUAAACAAUAUUUAUUCCUUAAUUUUAGUUUUAAAGCACUUAUUAUUUUUAUUUUCUAAGUUACAUCCGAUAUGACGACGGCGACGAUGAUGAUGAUGACGACGAUACCGAAGACCGUAUUCCAGCUGGGGCUUCAUUUAUACAGAGAAUCGUCGCUCCAACGUGUAUGCAUGCGGAUUAGCGGCUCGUAGGUCUGCGAUUAACGUAACAUAACGUAACUUAACACAUUAGCAUGCUUGUGCGUUUGCUAACAACGUACAGUGUAGAUCCUAUGAUAUCACGAUCACGAUGCACACUCGAGUAGCCACGAUGUUACUCAACCAACCACGUGCCGGCGAAUCUAACGGCCGAUCUGUCGCUGCCGACCGACCUCGGCAUUACCGUUAGUUCUUUUUAUCUUUCACUUUUUUAAUUAUUUCCUGUUUUCUUUUUUUUGUUUGUUUUUGGGGAAUUAAUUUAUGUAAAAUUGUAAAAAAAAAAAAAAAUUUUUUUUUACUGUUAAGCCUUCAGAAGACUAAUCUGGUACAAUGACUGUUUGUUUUUUUCUGUUGUACAAACUUUCUCUGACUGACUGUUGUGUCCCGUCACGUUUACGUUGCUCUCAGAACGCCAUGUUUUCCGUAUUUUAGCGCCCGGUUAUUUGGAAAAAUGAGGUGCAGAGAGUAUCUCAGGUUAUUUUACAUCUAUUUUGGUGGUGUCCUGUGUGUGUGUGUGUGUGUGUGCGCGCAUGUGUGUGUGUGUGUGUGUGCGUGUAUAUAUGUGUAUAUAUUCAUACGUAUCCUCACGCAGACGGCCAUCUUUCGAGUUCGCUAAUGAAAUUUUUUCUCAGUGUAUCUGAUGGGCUUCUGUUUUUUUUUUUUUUUAUUAUUAUUAUUUUUUUUAAUUCCUUUUCUUUUCUUUUCAUUUCCUCCUGAUCACAGUGGAAUGCCAUCGCCUUGUGGUGUCAUCAGAAAAUGUGCCGGUUCACUUUAUGUCCAUAAAAACUGAAAAAAAGAUGUCAGUUACAGAAACAUACCAAAAUUAAUAUUGAUAUUUCUAACGUCUAAUGCAUUUAAUGUCUUUUUUAAUGCUAAUGUAUUUUUUUCUCUUUAAAAAAAAAAAUGAAUAAAAGGAACAUUGUUGUUGUUUUUUUGUAUUUAUUAAAAUAAUAAAGGUAUAUUGUGAAAAAUGCAUAAAAAAAAAUUGUGUAAUAUGAAACGUUUGUCACCUUUUGCCUUUUUUCGUUAUUAUUAUAAUUUUUUUGAAUUAUUGUUAUUUUUAAUCUAUAUUUCUCGGCCGUGGCAACCGACGUGAGACGCCACGUUAUUUUGUGACCCUGCUGCUUCCUCGUUCGCGUCAGCCGUAUAAAGAAAAGAAAAACUUGAAAAUUGAAACGUUAUCCUUUGUUUUUUAGAAGGAUCCGCCAUGUUCUUCUUGCUCUUCCUCUUCCUCGUCUAGAGAUUGACAAGUUUCUUAUUCAUGUGUGUUGCCUUUGUUUACUAAAAAAAAAUAGGAGGUAUAAAAAACAAGAAAGAAAGAACAGGAAAAUGUGAAAAAAAUGUCAGGCGACACUCUCUCUCUCUCUCUCUCUCUCUCUCUCUCUCUCUCUCUCUCUCUCUCUCUCUCUCUCUCUCUCUCUCUCUCUCUCUCUAUCUCUCUCUCUCUUU